CAGCCUGGUUGAACGCGAUGGAUGUGGGCGCGCAUGCAGCUGACACGACCCCACCUGGCGAGGCUGAGGCUGUCAUCGAGCUGACUUACACCUCAGCCUGGUCGCCGCAACAUCUCUCUUUCUUGGUUCCAUCAACUUAUUGACCGUUGCACUCAAUUCGCCGAGGUCUCGCCUUCGAUGGCCUCCACAACACCUUCCGUCAUCCCAACGGACUCUCGUAAAAUAGUAAUCAAAGGCCUAGAGAAAGUCCAGAGUGUAGAGAAUACCGAGCAGAGAGGAAACAAGGAUGAAUAUCUCGAGUUACCGACAUUCUCCAUGACGAUGCAUGAAGAAGAGCCAUUAUGUGAGCUUUGGAAUCGGAUCGAAAAUUGUGGCUUCCAUAAGCCAGCUAUGCUGAACAUAAGCGGCACAAGCCAUAGCGAAGGCGAUCCCAAACGCGUUGUGAGCGUCCACGAAGAAGUUGUCGUAGUCGCAGACGACCAAAUCUCCACCAGAAACACAAUUAGAAUGACAGAAUCACUAAAGUCACACGCCAACAAUCAUCACGGCCAAGAAAUCGACUUCAACAUCGCUCCGCUCCCUGCAUCCAAGCGUGCAGUCGAAGCGAGCUGUGGAUUCCACAUGUCUUUAGAGCGGACUCCGAGGAUGCCAGACGAUAAUAAACUGCACCAACUGCCGGCCUCGCUAGGGAGCUACGACCUAUUCAGUGUAGAAGCCUAUGCGGACCGUCUCCCAAACAACAUCAGAGACACCGGUGGUGUUUUCUUCCCCAUGUGGCAGCGAGAGGCCAUGUGGCUCAACUUUGGGCCGACAGACCAGCAGUGUGCCGUCCGCGUCUUCAUGGGCCACGUCAACACCAUUUCUGGUCUCACGAUGGAAGAAACCGCCGACGGAAAGUCCGACGAGCUCGAGCAGGACUACAUCGUCAUACCAGGUCAGCAGUGGCUAGAUGGCAUCUGUGUAGGACCUGGUGUUGUUCGUCAGUUCGUUGCUAUGCCACUCGGCUCCGGCUACACUGUCGAAGGCCAGAAGACAUCGAAAGAGCAGCACGGAGGCCUUCAACUCGAAAUCACACCCGAGUUCCUCACUGACCUGCGUUUGUGGUCGGACAGCAAACACGAAUAUAUCCUCAGACAGGGCCCUGGUCCUCGUGUCAGUCUACUAGAGGAGGAGACGCCUGAAGAGCUGGGUUGCAAGAUCGGUGAUGUGUUGAGAUGCUAUCCGGCUGAUAGUGAGUUCGAGGAGCGGUUCAAGGCGAAGCUCUUCGCGAGGCCAGGGGAAGUUAUUGAGUGUACUGCGGUCAAUCCGCAGCGUGAGCCUCAGGAUACGCCUGAACUCGGACCAAGCUUACAGCUAAACACUCUCACACGACAUGCCAUCAAGACCGAAUCAGUAUCAGACUAUUCUGACACACCAGGUUACAUCACCAGCACUUAUUACGACAUGGAAGUAGAUGAUAUGACUGUAGACAGGGAUGUUGACGAGGACGAUGGCGAGGCUGAUGAUAUGGUCGAACCUGGUGAAGACGUAGAUACCCAAGUCAUCGAAACCAAAAACAUCAAAGCCAUGGGCCUAGCCGCAGGCGGCAAGCUGAUCCAAGACAUAUACAAAGAUCCUCACCCGGCAACAACCUGGAACCACGCAGCAGCGCGUAUCCUCCACAUCCAUAUCCUCGACCCCGUAAGCUGCGAGAAAGUGACGCACAUAGUUCCAACCCCGCCGACCACCGACGUCAAAGCGUACACUGAAGCCGGCGGCCAGUAUUUCGUUGUUGAAGAGAAGGUAGAUGAGCGGCUUGAUGGAGGUGACUUUGACAACGUAAAGAGUGUCAGCCAAAUGGACCAACACAUCGGCAUAAGCACCAAACCAGAGUUCGAUCCGAACAAGCCGAAGAUGUGCACGACAUGCGAACUUAGGCUGUGUGAUUGCAUUAUCCGUCCCUGCGACCACCAAUUUUGCAACAUCUGCAUCAAGUGCAUCGAUCAGAACAGCGACGAAGAUGUGGAUUUAGCGCACAGGAACUGGAAGUGCCCGAUUUGCGACAGCCCCGUCUCGCACGUAGCAGGCUUUUCUGCGCCGAUGAAUCUACCAGGCGAAGAGCCGUUGCGCAUCAAAGUACCAGUUAAUGUUCUCAAGAUUGAAGAUGGAAGGGUGAGGUUUGAGAGUGUGCAAAGAAGUAGGGUUUAGAGUUUGGCUGUUUGGGAGGUGAAUGAGCUGUCGAUGGCAUAAAAUGA